AUCCUGUGCCUCUUCAGUAGUUAGUGUGUCUCUGUUUGUGCACCGCUGCCGUUAGGAGACAGGAUCUGUGCUUUUAUAUUUGUAUCAAAUUUACAGUUUUACCACACUAAAGACGUUGGGGGAGUGACUGCACAUACAGUAGUUAGAAAAUGAUGGAGGAGGCUAGAGAGGGGUCACUUAGUGUGAGUGCCCAAACUAUCCGGGUCACUGAGGCCGUGAGAGACGGGGAUGCACUGACCUUCAUAGUCAUAUCCCAGAAGUUGUCAGGCAGUGGGGAAUACCAUGUGGCUAGGACUCAUGAGGACUUUCAGUGGUUGCAGCAGUGUCUGUUCUCUCAGGAGGUGGUGCCUGGGAUACUGGGUGUCAUUUUUCCUCCUCUACCAGCCAAGCCUCAGUUGAAUGCACCAGCCAAAGUUCUGAAACAACUUGGUUUCUUGGCCAUGGGGGAGGACUGGCGUAUGUACUGCAUGGCACUGGAGACCUAUCUCCAGCAGGUGGCAGCACACACCACGCUCAGCAAGAACAAAUGCCUGGAGAACUUCCUCACUAGCUCAGAGCCCCCAGGUCGUCAGAGGGCGAGGAAGGGUAUCUUCAAUCGCCUGAGCCAGGCCAUGGAAGGGAUGAGGAAGGAGGGACACAAGGAUGUGGAUGACUUUUUUCAGACUGAGCGUGAUAACAACUUAACCCUCACUGGGUGCUCCAAAUCAGCAACAGAGAGGUUCAUUGAUGUGGUGCUGACAGAACAAAAACUAGCAGUGGCUUGUGGACACUUCUCAACCGCUCUGCAUCUCUGUGUGGAGCAGGAAGAAGACUCUGCUGUCCUGGCCUUCUCAAAGAUAUGUGUCAAGCUGUCUGAGGUCAUAGAUUCAAUCAAGAGAAACUUUGAGAGUGUUGCUGAGAACAACUUGAGCACUCUGGGGCUGGGGCUGGAUCUGGAGUCUCGUUGCCAGGAGGCAGAGAAGGAGAUGCUGUACAGGAGGACCUGUAAGCUUGUGGAGCUAGAAACAGCCAGCAGGAAUGCAGAGCGAGCCAAGCCUGUAAAGAAAGCUGCUAUGGACGAAUUGAAGGUGGCAGCUGAGAAGGAAUUUGAUCAUGUAUCUGGAGUGGCUAAACAGGAGAUAGCAAGGUUCCACAGUACUCAUGUGGAGUUGUUACGCCAGGCUCUGAUUCUGUGGUGUGAGAAGCAGCUUGAAACAGCCAGGGACACCUCCUUCCGCUACAGCCAGCACUUGCAGGCCUUCAAAGGGCUGGGGGAGUGACCACCACCAGCCAGACACCCCUCUGACCCACCUGAACACAGUUUGACUGUCUGAGCACCUCACAUUAAAUAUGUACAUGCAUUGUCUAUGUAUGCGUCAAACCCUGCUUCCCUUAAACGUGUAAAUGUAGGGAAAUCAGCAUAAUCCUUAUAGCAAUAAUAACCCAAUAGCUUUGUCUCUCUCUCACACAGUCACAUACUGUGCCCUCUGUCCAAACCCCCUCCCCCUUCUCCUUAGCAGAGAGGGAGUUGGAUUGUCUCUGUCAGUGUUGUGCAAUGGUGCAGACAUUGAGGAGAGGAGAGAGUUCUGUGCAGAUCUCUAGCCAUCGCCACAUCAGUAGUAAGGGUCACACAAUAUAAAGCAUGAUGAACUGAUUGCCCAACUCUCUGGCUGCCUGUGUGUGUUUCUCACUCCAGGGUCAUUAAUCAGUGUGUUAGACUUCUCCCAAGGACACUCCCACUCUCUCUGUAUUCUGACUCUGGGACUGUUCCAUCUGCUCUUCCCUCUGUUUGGUUUAUAUGCUGAUUCAAUGACUGUUCUUUCUUCUGGUGCUUCCUCAACUAAUUGUGGCUGGGCCCUAAGACAAUCCUUCUAUUACUGCAUGUGAGUGUUCUCUAAAUCAAAUCAAAUUUAUUUAUAUAGCCCUUCGUACAUCAGCUGAUAUCUCAAAGUGCUGUACAGAAACCCAGCCUAAAACCCCAAACAGCAAGCAAUGCAGGUGUAGAAGCACGGUGGCUAGGAAAAACUCCCUAGAAAGGCCAAAACCUAGGAAGAAACCUAGAGCGGAACCAGGCUAUGUGGGGUGGCCAGUCCUCUUCUGGCUGUGCCGUGUGGAGAUUAUAACAGAACAUGGCUGUCCAAUUCAAAAAGACCACUAACCCUACCCAUUGGCACAUGUUUGGAUGUGUUAUGUAUAAGCAAUAUGGUAAUAGUUAUGGUAGGCUGGUAUUGCUUAAACUUCUUCAACCUCCCAAAUCUCCAUAAGUGGUUGGGGGUCAAUUCUGGGAUUGGUCGAUCCUAUAACUGAUCUUUGUGCUGUUCUCUCCCCUGCCUCUCCACUGUGGCUGAUCCCUAACUCUUCACUCUAUGCUGCGCCCUGUGUUGACUGUUGGCCAUAUCUAUGAGGAUGCGGCUGUGUCUUUGAGCUUGUUUGUCUUGGUCUGUAAUCUCUGAGUCGUGGGGAGGAGUAAAUCCCAUCCCAGUAAUCAGGGAGAAAGGAGAACAGGAUGUGGUAAUCUGACAGUGAAGGAGUGUUUGGACACAGCAGAGAUGGUCUUGACAUCAUACUGUAUUCACCCUGUUCUGGAGUCAAGAUAACCCAGCCGUAAAGCCCACUGCUGCUCUCAACUGCAUUGCAAUUCACCUAUCCCAUUUCAAAUACCUGUAUAUCCAUUUGACUUGCUUGUAAAUCUGCAUGCUCUGAUUUGGUGCAUGCAUUCAAGAUAGUCCCAAUCAGACAUGCUAUUGCAUUUAUCAGGAGUUGGCUGUAUGUUCUAACUAUGCAUGCAUUCUAUUGGCAUGUUUCCUCACUCUCCCUCUUCCUGUUUACUGCAUGUGAUUAACUAUCAAGGCAAUUACAUGCAAUCCCCUGUUAGCCACUGGCAUAUGUUUCCCUCCGUAAUCUAUACAGAGGUCACUGCAUCAUUGUGCUCGACAUGUGGAAUCAAUUCAAUCAGUCUGGAAUAUAUUCUGUGCCUGAUGCUGUGAGCACAAUUUAAUACAGAGCUCUGUUCAUUUUGUAAAUCUUACCAAUAAUAAAAUUAUGCUCAGAAAAUCAUAAUGUGAGAAUUCUGAGGUAUUUAAUAAACCAAUGCAUUUAACAAUUGAUUUGACAUCAGAAUUUUGAUUUCAGUUACAACAGUUUUGUGUGUGGUUUUUUUGUGAUGCUUUUUAAGUGCUCUUAUCCCCAUGGCUUUGGUGCCAGUACCAAAUCAAUUGAAUCAAUAGCUUAACAGGUUUUAUAAGAGACUGUAGUGCUCUUGUAGCUUAGUGUUAGCACACAUUGGCUGUCAUUGAUUAGUUUUUUAUAUGUAAGUACUUUAUCAUUCCUGCACUAAACAUAUAACAUGAUUCAAACACCUCUGGAUGUAGUCGAAGAUGCAUAACACUGCUGAAUACAACAAUUCUGAUUCUAAUGAAAUGCACAAUAAAGAUUUGUGAAGGUAUAAGGGUU